AUGUUCUCCUGCUGUAUCCCGACAUGCUGCCGACCUCCUUGUCGCAGAAGAGACCAAAAUGAGAGUCAUUCCCGAGAAUAUAGAUGUUGGUUCAACCCUCACCCUCGACGCCUCUGGCCCUUUGCCAGAAGGCACCCACAGAGCUCCACACAGCAGAUCAAGCAGGAGCUGUUGGAUGGAUUCAAUUUCUCCGUCUUCAAAGAAGGGCAGGUGCAGCACGCCACCAACCACGGCCAGUGCUGGUCUAGGGUGAGAUUGGGCACAGAAGGGUCUCCACAGACAGGACUCGAGAAAACCAGGUAUGAAAACAAGAUCUGCAGGAUGCCAACUUUCCAGCCCGGCACAGGGGAGAAGCUGUUGGAGUCCCUGGUUCCAGCCUUUCUAACUAAACCCAUCUCCUCCUAUGCCACCUGCCUGGGUCCCUCCUGCGACUUCAUCACCGUGCCACACUUUUUGGAACUACUGGUUAGAAGCACCAUCAGCUCCACUUUGUUCAACCGGCCCCCUGAAAACACUUCAGUUUGCUAUCAGCCCCCACAACGAUCAUCUUUCUGGAUAAAGCUGGCCUUCAGGAACUUCGCCUGGCCUGGACUGGGAUUGGAGGACCAUCAGGAAAUUGUCCUAGGCCAAUUGGUGCUUCCGGAGCCCAACGAGGCCAAGCCAGAUGAUCCUGCUCCACCUCCUGGGCAACAUGCACUAACAAUGCCGGCCCUGGAGCCAGCACCACCACUGCUGGCAGACCUGGGGCCUGCUCUGGAGCCAGAGUCACGUGCAGCCCUGGGUGCGCCAGGAUAUCUACAUUCAGCACCAGGGCCAGCACCAGCACCAGCACCAGGGGAAGGGCCCCCUCCAGGGACAGUGCUGGAGCCACACUCAGCUCCAGAGUCCCCCUGUCCCUGUUCCAGGACUGUAAAGAACCAGCCCAGUGAGGAGCUGCCUAACAUCACGACCUUCCCUCCCAGGCUGCUGGCAGAGCAGCUGACCCUCAUGGAUGCGGAGCUGUUCAAGAAGGUGGUGCUCUACGAAUGCUUGGGCUCCAUCUGGGGCCAACGACAUAAGAAGGGGAAUGAGCACGUGGCACCCACAGUUCGUGCCACCAUUGCACACGUCAACAGGCUCACCAACUGUGGCACCACCUCCUGCCUCGGGGACCACAGCAUUAGGGCCCUGGACAGGGCCAGGGUGGUGCAGCACUGGAUCAAGGUGGCCAGGGAGUGCCUAAGCCUCAACAACUUCUCCUCGGUGCACGCCAUCGUCUCUGCUCUGUGCAGCAACCCAAUACAUUGGCUACACAAGAUGUGGGCAGGAGUGUCCAG